CACCUUCUUCCUCAUAGCAGCCCCAUCAUAACCACCCUCCUAUAUUUCAAUACCCAUCUCACAAUUCAAGUCGUCGUUCUCUGUUAUUCGUUUUCAUUUGCUGUUCUAUUCUUUUGAGCAUUUCACCGAACAGCUGGUGUGCGGAAUUCGGACUCUUUAAACACCUCAACGCUUGUUCUCGUUGGGAGAUUUGAUACUGUUGGGUUUUGAGCAGAGAAGAUGAACGAUCUCUUCUCCGGUUCAUUUUCGCGCUUUCGCAGCGAAGAGGCGUCUCCUGAUCACCACCAUCAUGCCAUCCAGAUGACGCAAUCUGGUUCCACCGGCGGGGUCAAUCUCGAUAAGUUCUUUGAGGAUGUGGAGUCGGUCAAGGACGAGCUCAAGGAGCUGGAGAGGCUCAACGGCAGUCUCCAGUCGUCUCACGAGCAGAGCAAGACCCUGCACAAUGCCAAGGCGGUCAAGGACUUGAGAGCUCGCAUGGACGCUGACGUUGCCAUGGCAUUGAAAAAGGCCAAGUUCAUCAAGGUCCGCCUCGAGGCCCUCGACCGCUCAAACGCCGCUAACCGGAGCCUACCUGGCUGCGGACCAGGUUCUUCCUCUGACAGGACCAGGACCUCUGUGGUCAACGGGCUGAGGAAGAAGUUGAAGGAUUCUAUGGAGAGCUUCAACGUAUUGAGAGAGAAGAUCUCCACGGAGUACAGAGAGACCGUCCAGAGGAGAUACUUCACGGUCACCGGCGAAAACCCUGACGAAAGAAUUCUGGAUCGUUUGAUCUCUACAGGGGAGAGUGAGACAUUUUUGCAGAAAGCCAUUCAAGAACAAGGUAGGGGCAGAAUUUUGGACACGAUCAAUGAGAUACAAGAAAGGCAUGAUGCUGUUAAAGACUUGGAGAAGAACCUACAGGAGUUGCACCAAGUUUUCUUGGAUAUGUCAGUGCUGGUUGAAGCUCAAGGGGAGCAGCUGGAUGAUAUCGAGAGUCAAGUGAAUAGAGCUAAUUCAUUCGUGAGAGGUGGGACUGAGCGGUUGCAGAAGGCAAGGGUCCUUCAGAAAAAUACCCGAAAAUGGACUUGCUAUGCUAUUAUUCUUCUGCUGGUGAUUAUCUUGUUUGUGGUGUUAUUCACUGUGAAGCCAUGGGAAAUGAAGAAUGGUGGGGGUGGUAGUCCCACUCCAUCACCACCACCACCAUCACCACCGCCACCAUCACCACCUAGUGGGGCAUAGAUUUGUCCGAUUAGGUAUCAUUUACUCUAGUUUGAGAUUUCAGAUUUCAUAUAUUCUUUUUCCUUCUGGGAUUGGUUAUUUAUACAGAGAGCUGAAAGUUUGAUGGGGCGAGAUACUAGGGCUUUUGGUUGAAUGCCCUGAAGCUUUCCACUACACUACUUGUUCCAUAAUGGAAAGCCAACCAGAGUCGGUACUGGAAUAUAUAGUGGUUAGGCGAUUCCAUAGUAGUGCCAAGAGUUCUGGUCAGGUAGACUGUUGGAGUUGGAGAAACCAUCUUUGGGUUAUUGAUUCUUUCUUGUAACUAGUAUUUUGCUUCAAUUUUAUGUUGUUUUUCAGUUUCCAUAUGAUUUUU